CCACACUGCAGACUGCACUUCGUCAUCAGCGCCGCAGCGAGAAAGAGACAAAAAACGAGGACAUGGCUGGCGAGGAUUUGAUAGCCCAAUUCCAGGCCCUUGGCAUGAGCGAGCAGAAGGCCAAGGAGACCUUGAAGAAUGCUAACGUGACCAAGAACCUCCAACUCGCGCUGGCGCAGACCGGCAGCGCUGCUUCUCUGGCCGAUGGCACCGGCAUGUUGCUCUACCACAUGGCCACCAAACUGAAGCCGCAGACCGCUGAGCAGCUGCCUCUGCUAGUACGCUACAUCGUGGAGCGUAAGCUGGACAACACUCAGCGCGUUGACGCCGCCCUGGAGUACGUGCUCAAGUGCGGCCAGAAGCUGCAGGCCAGCAUCAAUGUCCAGGAGCUGGAGAAGGAGUGCGGCGUGGGAGUGGUGGUCACACCAGAGGAGAUCGAGCGCACUGUGCAGGCCAAGAUCAAGACCAGCUAUAAGGAGGCCCUGCUGGAGCAGCGGUACCACUUUAACUCCUUCAAGAUCCUGCAGGAUGUGAGGAGCGAGCUCAAAUGGGCGGAUGCCAAGUCCGUGAAGGCGGCCAUCGACGUGGAGAUCUUUGAUCUCCUGGGACCCAAGACGGAAGCCGAUCUGAAGCCACCUACCAAGCAGAACGAGAAGCCAAAGGCAGCGAAAGCCGCCAAACCGGAGGCAGCUUCCUCUGUGCAAGUAACAGCCGAGGCAGCGUCCGAUGGAGCCACCACCAUUGCAGAGCUGAUGAAGACAAAGGUGCACUUCCAUGGCCCAGGCGAAAACUACAAGACCGACGGUUAUGUAGUCACCGAGCACACUGAGCGGUUGCUGAAGGAGCACCUCAAAAGGACGGGCGGCAAGGUGCACACCCGGUUCCCUCCGGAGCCCAACGGCAUCCUGCACAUCGGUCACGCCAAGGCCAUCAACAUCAACUUUGGCUAUGCCGCUGCCCAUGAUGGAGUCUGCUACCUGCGCUACGACGACACCAAUCCCGAGAAGGAGGAGGAGAAGUUCUUUCUGGCCAUCAAGGAGAUGGUCGAGUGGCUGGGAUACAAGCCCUAUAAAAUUACCCACUCCUCGGACAACUUCCAGCAGCUGUACGAGUGGGCUGUGGUGCUGAUCAACAAGGGAUUGGCCUACGUCUGCCACCAGAAGGCCGAGGAGCUGAAGGGCUUUAAUCCGAAGCCCAGUCCCUGGCGGGAGCGUCCUAUUGAGGAGUCUCUGCAGCUGUUCGAGGACAUGAAACGCGGCAAGAUCGACGAGGGAGCGGCCACACUGCGUUUGAAACUGACCCUGGAGGAGGGCAAGAUGGACCCAGUGGCGUAUCGCAUCAAGUUUAUAGCCCAUCACCGGACGGGCGCCGACUGGUGCAUCUACCCCACCUACGAUUACACGCAUUGCCUGUGCGACUCGCUGGAGGACAUCAGCCAUUCUCUGUGCACCAAGGAGUUCCAGUCUCGGCGAUCCUCCUACUACUGGCUGUGCAACGCCCUCGACAUCUACUGUCCGGUUCAAUGGGAGUACGGCAGGCUGAACAUGAACUACGCCCUGGUGUCCAAGCGCAAGAUUGCCAAACUAAUCACGGAGCAGAUUGUCCACGACUGGGACGACCCCAGGCUGUUCACUCUCACGGCUUUGAGAAGGAGGGGCUUCCCGGCAGAGGCCAUUAACAACUUCUGUGCCCAAAUGGGUGUCACUGGAGCCCAGAUUGCCGUUGAUCCCGCCAUGUUAGAGGCGGCCGUGAGGGAUGUGCUAAAUGUUACCGCUCCUCGUCGCCUGGUUGUCCUGGAACCGCUCAAAGUGACUAUCAAGAACUUCCCGCAUGCAGCACCUGUGCAGCUGGAGGUGCCGGAUUUCCCCCAGAACCCGCAGCAGGGAUCGCACAAGAUAACCCUGGACAAGGUGGUCUACAUCGAGCGGGGAGACUUUAAGCUGGAGCCAGAGAAGGGCUACCGCCGCCUUUCGCCCAAGCAAUCGGUGGGUCUUCGGCACGCCGGAUUAGUUAUCAGCGUGGAGAACAUUGUCAAGGAUCCCGCGACAGGGGAGGUGGUGGAACUCGUCUGCAGCAGCCAAGCUGCCGAGCAGGCCGAAAAGCCCAAGGCCUUUGUCCAGUGGGUGUCGCAACCGAUUCAGCUGGAGGUGCGCCUUUACGAGCAGCUAUUCAAGCACAAGAAUCCCGAGGAUCCCAACGAGGUGCCCGGCGGCUUCCUCAGCGACAUCAGCGAGAAGUCCAUCUCGGUUGUCCGCGCCUUUGCUGAUCAGGCGCUCGCCCAGGCCAAGGUCUACGAUAAGUUCCAGUUCGAGCGGAUUGGCUUCUUCUCCGUGGAUCCGGACACCACCAAGGACCACAUUGUGUUAAACCGUACCGUGGGCCUCAAGGAGGACGCUGGCAAGAAGUGAUUGCACCGCACAGGAUCCAAAGGAUUGAAAUAAACUCAACAACAAGAAACGAAA